AUGGACUAUAAGUACUGGACGACAUGGAUGAGAAUCGCGUGCAUACCACUCGCGCUGCUCACCACCACGGUGGCAGACUUCACGACAGAGUGCCAGAGGCCUUGCGACUGCAGAUGGCAGUCCGGAAACAAAGCCGCUAUCUGUUCUAACUCUAGUUUAAAAAUUAUUCCCGCAAACUUGAGCAACGACAUACAAAUACUAGACCUCUCUAACAAUAAUCUACAACAAUUACAUCAAGAAGCAUUCAAAAAAGUAGGGCUAAGUAACCUCAAAAAACUGUUCCUCAAAGAGUGCAACAUCGAAGUUGUUCAUAAAACUGCGUUCGUUACUCUCGCAAUCAUGAUCGAACUAGAUUUAUCGAAGAACAGAAUCAGAUCACUGCACCCCGAUACGUUCAAAGGCACAGAGAAGCUGAGAUUAAUAAACUUAAGUAACAACUUCAUCGACAAGUUGGACGACGGCAUAUUUCGCAAUUUGAAGUUUCUUCAGAAAGUAGAGGCGAGCAACAAUAGGAUACACCGUAUAGGAACUAAGGCGUUCGUCAACUUGCCGCAGUUGAAAAUAUUGCGUUUCAAUGGGAAUAAUUUGAGUCAUAUGAAGCCGGAAACUUUGAUGGGGCUGAGAAACUUGUCCGGGUUAGAUUUACACAACAAUCCAUGGCGUUGCGACUGCAAUCUUCAAACGUUUCGGGACUGGGUGAUCAGUCACAACCUUUACACCCCUCCCACGUCGUGUGCCGAACCGCCAUCCGUACAAGACAAACUUUGGAAUGAAUUAGAUUCGUCGAACUUCGCGUGCCGGCCGACAAUACUCGAGCCGGUGCCAGACGCAACGGUGAAAAGUUACGAUGAAAACGUGACUCUGACUUGCAAAGUAGUGGGGAAUCCACCACCUGAAGUCGGUUGGCGAUUUAAUGGGAAGACUAUUGAGAUGAAGGCUUUUGGAGAGAUAAGGUACACGGUAGCUGAGAAUACUAUGGAUUUGAUACGAUGGGUGAAUCUAACUAUAAUAUAUGCGAGGUAUAGCGAUAGAGGGAACUAUACGUGUGUUGCUGAGAAUCCCGGGGGUCGUGAUGAGAAAACAUUGACUCUUGUGCUUUCAAGAUACGGAGGGGUUGGUACCAUAGCUGGCAUGGACACCGAUUCCUUUGCAAUUUUAGUUGGCUGUCUAACAGCUAUAGUUAUAAUUUUCGGAGCUGCGUUAGUAGUCUGUUACUUUACUACCCAAAACAAUGAAAUUAAAAGACUGAUUAAGAACGACACUCGUUCUUCCAAUGGGGACGUGUUAAUAGAGGCGUCAGAAGCUUCUGAACCUGAGAAGGCGAUGAAGAUGGAGGUGAAUCCUGUGUCGAAGCCGCCGCGGAAGUAUGAGGCACCUCAAUCCUUCACUAGUGAAGCAACAGAGAUGUCGGAACUGAAUAGGACCUUAUUAGACAACGAAUCUGUUUUAGCAUCUACUGAAGACAACAGUCGGCAUCAAGAAGUGGAACUUCCGAAAAUAUCCCAUGAGGCUUUACUCAUGGACCGCCUAGCUCAAGAGCAUCAAGCGUACCCUCCAGACCUCCUUGCAUUCCCUCUUAGGGGGACCCAAGUCUCUCCUGCAGGUGGAACUUCCCAAGACACAGAAAGUCCAAUCAAAUCACCAGUUUACGGGGUGACUGCUGUCAAUCCAGCCAUCUAUGGCAGGUUUCAAGGUCAAAACUUCCAGGGAUCAAUACCCCUUAUCAGUUCUAAGGGAUACGUUACCUUACCUAGAAGACCUAGAAUGGUUCCUGAUAACAGUCUUCGUCCACAAGUGUUCUCAACUCUGAAUGGUGUGAUACCAUACUAUGACACUUUUAAUAUGAGGUUCUUCAACCAUGGUGGUAACUAUUACAGUUUGAAUAAAAGUGAGAUAGAUUUGGGUCCUAUGGGGAAGAUGCCUUCGUACCCUGAUGAUGAGGAGCCAGCCCCGUCUCCUGCACCAGGAACUCCUCAUGCAACGAUACCAAGGAACAGCUUGAGUUCUCCAAACAUUCACAAUCAGCUGCUGACUUUGCAGGCUAUGUCGGCGAAUCAGUUCAUCAAGUCAGAACAAAGGCCUUUAAAAGUGACCCUAGCAGAAAAUGAGGGUCUUCUAAGAAACUGUGAGUUUAGAUCGGGUUAUUCAGUGAACGUUGUUAGUGGAACCUUAGGAAGGUCCAGGACUGCUCCCAAGCCUCCCCCUAAGCCGCGAAAGAAAAAUUCUUGUGAAGUGAAAGAACCAUUUUUGAUGAACGCUGGUGAAAAUGCCACCCAAGUGUAG